AUGAAUACACAUAAUGCAUUUCAACAAAGGUCAAUGGAUAGUGCUAUUGUAACUAUUAAUGAUAAAGGUUAUAUUCAAUCAGUUGAUAGAAAGACAUGUGAAUUGUUUGGGUAUACAAUAGAAGAGUUACAAAUGCAAAAGGUCAAUAUAUUAAUUCCAUCACCAUAUAAAGAACAACAUGAUACAUAUAUGCAAAAUUACUUUGAAACUGGAAUUAGAAAGAUUAUAGAUAAAAGUAGAGUCGUAGAAGGUCUCCAUAAAGAUGGAAGUGUAUUUCCAAUUACAUUGUCAGUCACAGAGGUUAAAAUUUGGAAUAAGAGAAUGUUUAUUGGCUCAAUUGAACCUGUAAUUGAUAAGCGUUUAAUCAUUUACACCGACGUCCAUGGUAUUAUAACCUAUUGCAAUAGAAAUGUAGAAGAGCUAAUAGGGUACACUCCGGCCGAACUUUUUGGAAAGAAUGUUUCAACUCUUAUGCCAUCUCCACAUGCAAAGAAUCACGGUGAUUACAUUGAAAAGAAUUAUCACGGUGGUGGUCUUUGGAAAAUGUUGAAUCGGGUUAGAAAUUUACCAAUCAAACAUAAGAAUGGUGUUGUUUUCCUCGUUUCAAUUCUUGUAACAAAAAUUUCAACCGAUGGUAUCGAUAUGUUUAAAGCAAUCAUUCAAACACCACCCAAAGAAGCCGUUUUUACAAUCAAUGGUGAAGGUAUCAUCAAAGCUUGCAAUUUUAAUUUCACCGAGCCAAUGUUUGGUUAUACUCAAAAAGAUUUAGUUGGUAAUACAAUUGGUAUGUUAAUACCUGAAAUGUCUAAAAUUAUUGACAACACAGUAAUUGGUAUAAAUGAAUCACACGAUAAUAAUAACAGUAAUAUUAACAAUAGUGGUAAUAAUAGUAAUAGUAGUAAUAAUAACAAUAACAAUAGCAAUAGCAAUAACAAUAACAAUAGCAUUAAUAUUGCAACCACCGUUGCCUCAUCACCAGCUGGGCAUGAUUCAUCACCAUUAAAUAAUAGUACAAACACACCAAAUACACCAACUCAAUCAAGAGGUGUCGAAAGUUGGUUGGGUAGAACAAGAAAGGUUGACGUUUGGCAUAAGGAUGGUUCAAGAUUCCCAGUAAAUUUAGAGAUUAUUAAACUUCAAGGUGAAAGUUCAAUCUUUUCGCUUCAAAUAAAAAAAGUAGAAAACCCAUCAAGAGUGUACAAAGAUAAAGGUGAAAAGAGUAGUGAAAAGAGUGAAAAAUCUGAAAAAGAGAAAUCAUCAGAAAAGAAAGAAAAGAAAAAGAGAAAGAAGGAAAGAAGUGAAUCAUCUGAUGAAUCAGAUUCAAGCGAAACAGAACAUAAAAAGAAAAAAGAAAAAAGAAGGAGUAGAAAGGAUGAAAGCGAUAGUGACAGUGAUAGUGAUAGUGAAAGUAGUUCAAGCAGAAAGCAUUCAAGACAUGACAAUAAUGGCAGUAAUCAUAGUGGCAGUGGCGGUUUCUAUCAACCUGAAAUGAUUGGAGAGUAUACCCUAGGUAAAACUUUAGGCAGAGGAAAUUAUGGUGUAGUUAAACUUGGUACUCAUAUUUCAACAAAAGAUGAAAUUGCAAUUAAAAUUCUUUACAAAGAACAAAUGACAGAAUCAGAGUUUACAAGAUGUAAAAGAGAAAUCGAAAUUUUAAAACAGCUAUGCCAUCCAUUCAUUAAUAAAUUAAUUAAUGUACUUGAAAAAGAUGAUGCAAUGUUCAUCUUAAUGGAGUAUUGCCCUGGAGGUGAUUUAUUCCACUAUGUAAAUAAGUAUGGACUCAAGGGUGUAAAAAUGGUAAACUCACCAGAUAUUGGUGAGCAAGUAUUAAUGGGCGUUCCUUUAUCAGAAGAAGAUACAAGAAGAAUAUUUACUCAAAUUUGUUUAGGUAUUGCUCAUUGUCAUAAGUUAAAUAUCGCACAUAGAGAUAUUAAACAUAAGAAUAUAUUAUUCGACAACCAAAUGAACGUUAAAAUUAUAGAUUUUGGUUUAAGUAAUUGGUCAUAUCAAAAGAAUCUUUCAUUUUGUGGUACACCAGCAUAUGCAUCACCAGAAAUGCUUUUGGGUAUUAACUAUAAUGGACCAGAGGUUGAUAUUUGGUCAUUGGGUGUUAUUUUAUAUAGUUUGGUUACAGGUAGAUUACCAUUCAUCAAUGUUACCGAUAUGAUUGUUGGUAAAUUUACAAUUCCAGGAUCAAUUCCAGUUGAUUUACAAGAUCUAAUAAAGAAAAUGUUAACUGUAGAUAGAGAACAAAGACUUAACAUUUAUGGAGUAAUAAAUCACUCAUGGUUAAUGAAAGAUCCAACCACAUCAGCUUUAAUCACCCAAAAUUUACUUAGUUUAGCUUCAUCAACACCAGUUUCAUCUUCAUCACAAAUUCAACCAACCUCUUCAAUUUUACCAAGUUAUAAUAUAAAUGAACUCGAUAUUGCUAAAAACAAUAUAUUAAAUAUCACCCAAAUUAACCAACAAAAAACAACCACAACUAAUAGUUCAAAUAUAAACAACCAACAACAGCAACCAAAUAAUAUAUAUAUACAGUCACCUCCAAGUAAUAACAAUAACAACAACAACAACAACAACAUUAAUAGUAAUAAUAACAACAAUAACAAUAAUAAUAUUUUUCAACAAUCACCAUAUUUCGUUCAAGCACCGAGAAAUGAUGACUUUAAUUUAGGUCAACCUUUACAACAAAAUCCUUUUGAUCAAAAUCAAAUACCUUCUUAUUAUGGCCAACCUCCAAAUAAUAACAGUAAUACAUCAAACUUUAAUAAUUCGAAUGACUAUUCACAAUUAAGAAAAAGUACUUAA